GUCCAGCUGGAGAGACACAGCUCUGAACGUGGCCUUCAUCAGGAUUCAUGAGAUGCUGAUUCAGGAGAAGCAAAAUUACAAUGAGGCAGCAGGUGUGGGAGAGAUCUGACGAGGUGUGUGGGCCUGUAGCGUGACACAGAGCUGGAGAUGAGGACCAUUCUCGCUGUGUGUGGAGGCGGUGAUGGUGGGGAGUCCCGCGGCCUCCGCAGCAGGAUGGGCAGAAUGAGGAAGCUGCUGUGGCUGAGGCCGAAUCAGUGCGUGGACGUCCACAUGGACACGGAGCCCGGCGUGUGGCUGAGGAGCUUCCAGAUGUUAGACACUGAUGCGCAAUAUGAGGACCCAGUGCAGGAGUGGGGGGAGGAGGAGGAGGACGGUGCCGUGUUUGGCAUCACACUGCGUAGGGAGCCCGUGAUGCCGAGCUCUGACACAGCAGAGCUCCCCACAGCCUUCAGCUUCGUCCAGUACCACACGGUGAAGGUUCGCAGGCUCAAGGCUGCCACCCUGGAGCGUCUGGUCACCCACCUGCUGGACACCGAACACCAGGAGCCUGACUUCACCCGUGUGUUCCUCUCCACCUACAGAGCCUUCACCUCGGCCAGCACCCUCAUUGAGCUGCUGUUUCAGAGAGAGGACUUAAACGCCAACCUGGACAACACGGUCUGCCCUCGCAGUACCUUACCCCCUGUGAUUCGGCUGUGGCUGGAGGAAUACAGUGAAGACUUCCAUGAGCCCCCUCCGCACCAGGCCCUCAGACUGCUGUGUGUGCACCUGCGACAUCGUCUGUGCUUCAGACGUUUGGCUCAGACUGCUGAGACCCUACUCAAGAGGGUCCAGGAACGAGAUUGCAGCCACUCACUGCACAGGGGUGAAUCACUGCAGCAGGAGCCCAGAGAUCAGGUGGACGGAGGAGAGACGUCCGUUAAGGAGGAAGACAGAUACAGCUUCAUGGACUGCCCUGUCAGAGAAAUAGCGGAGCAGCUGACCAGACUGGACGCCGACCUGUUUGUCAGAGUGGUGCCCUUCCACUGCCUGGGCUGCGUCUGGUCACAGCGUGACAAGAAAGAAAACCGAAACUUGGCACCCACCGUCCGCGCCACCAUCUCCCAGUUCAACGCCGUCACCAACCGUGUCAUCACUUCGCUCCUCUGCCCGUCCUCACCCAGCCCUUCCACUUCCUCUCCCAUCUCAUCACCCGUCUCCUCCUCUACCUUCCUGUACCCCUCCACUGCCCCGAGCUCACCUCGCUCCUCGCACACCAACCCCUCCCACAGAGCACGCAUCAUUGAGAGGUGGAUCGCCAUUGCACAGGAGUGCAGACAGCUGAAGAAUUUCUCCUCUUUAAGGGCCAUCCUUUCAGCGCUGCAGUCCAACGCCGUGUAUUGCCUCAAGAAGACCUGGGCUGCUGUCAGCAGGGAAAGCAUGGCCACCUUUGACAACCUGUGUGAGACUUUCCCUGAUGAGAACUGUGUGCUAACCACCAGAGAGAUCCUUGUGGAGGAUGCGAGUCACCCAGACAGCAGUGCCACCCCGGGCCCUAAAUCUCCGCAGCUCUGCUCAGUGUCCAGACAGAUGAGCUUAAGCAGAGGUGUUGUGCCGUACCUGGGCACUUACCUGACUGUCCUCACCAUGCUGGAUACAGCACUGACUGACACUGUGGAGGGAGGACUCAUCAACUUUGAGAAGCGCAGACGGGAGUUUGAGAUUCUUUCCCAGAUUCGACAGCUCCAGGCUUCCUGUUCCCACUACAGCCUUUCAGUGAAUCCUCACAUCACUGCCUGGCUGCAGGCACACACACUGCUCACAGACCAGGAGAGCUAUGAACUGUCCCGUGAGCUGGAGCCUCCAGUCGACCCCUGUCCCAGCUCUCCCAACUCAUGGAGCAGUCGCCUACUCACUAAGAAGCUCGCAUCGUUGCGAACAGCCAGUGACAGCUCCCUGAGGAAGACCCACGCUGAUCAGAUCAGUGUGUCAUCUUCGGGCUCCAGCAGUUCAGACAUGGAGGACCUCUCCGUCCCUCAGCCCUCCCCCCUCAGACUCAAACUCAAGUCUCUCUCGGGCUCUCUUCACAACGUAGCAGAGGACUUCUCCUCCUCCUCCUCUGCCAGUCUGUCCAGCUCCUCCUGCAGCUCUUCUCAUCCAGACCUCAGCUCCUCCUCUCUGGCGCUGAGCCCUGAGUCCUUGUCCUCCAGCUGUUCUCCUCAGGCCUCACUGCCCGUCUACAACAAACAGGUCGCAGACUCAUGUAUCAUCAGGGUCAGUGUGGAGUCUGUCAGCAACGGAAAUGUCUACAAGAGCAUACUGCUGACCAGUCAGGACCACACACCUCAGGUGAUUCAGAGAGCUAUUGAAAAGCACAACAUGGAGGAUGUCAGCUGCCACGACUUCAGCCUCUGCCAGAAGCUCAACAAUGGAAAAGAGCUCCUGAUCCCCGACAAAGCCAAUGUAUUUUAUGCCAUGUGCACCACCGCCAACUAUGACUUUGUCCUGCGGCAGCACUGGAGGAGCCCUGGGAAACACCUAGGCUCUUCCUCCAGCCCUGGAGCUCAACCCAAGAGCCGCCACGCCAAGUGAUGAGCCUCUGUCCUGACUGGAGGUUAGCAGUCCAACUAUACAACAGCGGAGCUGCUCAUCUGCACCAACAACCAGACAACAAAACCUGUGGCUGCUUUGUAUCCACUCAUCACCACGAGGGUGUCGCUGUGCAGCAGAUAUGAGCCGCUCCGCCACAGAGACCUGAGAGCUUUGACUGAAAAAUAACCUGAAGGGGUUCUCAGCAAGAAGUCGUCUUCACUGGGAGCAACACUGAAAUGUGUGACACCACAAAAUAUUGUAGUAGUGUUGGAAUAAAACUGAUGAAAAUGUCCAAGUAUACAGAGGAGAGAUGCCAAGAGGAACCAUUUUGUAUUCUCCAGCUGUUCUCUGACCAUGUUUGGAUUGAUGAACCACAUGUAGCCAGGACCUGUCUUCCUUAGAUAAACACACUUGGAUUACAUUUUGGAUCAUAUUGAGUCAUGAAUCCCAAUCCACCCAGGGAGAAACACAUCAGCUUUUACUGCAGCCAACUAUAAGCAUCAGGGGCAGCUGGUCUGACACAACGGUCCUGUGUCAUAACUCUUCAGGGGAACAUGAUAAAUGUGGACUGACACACUGGGACUUUUCCAUCAGCUUGUUUGGCUGAAUGAAUAACAGGAGUUCCCCAACGAAACAGAGCAUGAUGAAGAAACGCCAGACAGAAUGACUAAAUAUGGAAUGGAAGAUGAUGAGUAGCUAAAUGAUCUGGAUCAAAACGCGUUUGAAAGACUGCUUGGACGAGGCCUGUUACCUCUGACGUGGAGAUUUUAUUUGUACAGAGAGUUAGUAAUAAGUAUUCAGAUGUUCAGUCGUCUUCUAGAUGAGAAUUUAAAUGAGAAUUUUAUCAACUUAAAUUAUUUAAUACAUUUCAGUAUUUACUUUUUAGAGCAAAAGUGGCAUGAUAAAAAU